UUUAUCAAAUAUGACUGUAGAGUUUUGAAAACUUUAUAAUUUUUUACCCCUAUUAUUAAAAAUACUGAGUUAUGUGGAGAAAAAGAGUGAAACCUGAUGGUAGAAAUCAGUUUGUCUACAGGUAUAAAAUUCAGAUCCAGAUAUCCAAAAGUGCAAAUUUACCCUAAGCCAUAUUUGCUUAGGGGAAAUUUGUUGAUGGUAUUUUGUAUUAGUUUAAUAUUAGAAGUCCAUAUGUGAUGUUGACCUUAUGAAGGAGUGGGAUGGUGGUCAUUUCUAUUUUAUUUACACCUUCUGUUCAUUUUGUUUCCAGCUCUUCGUCUAUAAUUACAUUGGACAAAAGAGCCUCGGGAUCACAAUUGGUAUGCUGCUGCUGUGUGGAGGCCUAGUGAACGGACCGUACGCCCUGAUCACCACGGCUGUAUCUGCUGACCUGGGAACACACGAAAGUCUGAGAGGAAACUCCAGAGCUUUAUCAACUGUUACUGCAAUCAUUGACGGCACUGGAUCAAUAGGUGCAGCGUUGGGUCCUUUGUUGGCUGGUUUGAUCUCACCCACCGGCUGGAACAAUGUUUUCUACAUGCUCAUCUCUGCUGACAUCUUAGCCUGCCUGUUUUUGACUCGACUCGUCUUUAAGGAAAUCAAAGGCUGGUGUGGACGGAUUCCCUGAGCCAGCGGGUGAGUCACUAAUGUGACUGGUUUUAAAGAUGGAGCCACCAAAAAAAAUCUGAAUUAUGAGAAGACAGAAAUAUUUUCCUUGUAUUUAUAAUAUUUGUCCACUCAUUCCACCCAUCUCUUACGCUUCAUCAGUCUUAAGUAUAAACAUAUUUCAUGCCUUUCCAACUGAAAUCAAAAUGAAAGUAAAUUAAAGUAGUAAAAUAGUGAUUCUCUCAACAUAACUGUAAUUUCUUCUUUUAAUUUCUUGUUUAUAAGGUUUAAAAAAAAUUAUCUCACAAUCAAAACAAUCUGUCACAGCACUAUAAUUAACCAGACUUCUUCUCACUGUAUAGCCAAAGAAAGCAAAGCCAGAAGAUUCAAGUUACUAAGCCGAUGAUUGAAGCUUUCUGUUUGUAAAACAACAAAGGAAAUGUCCCUUUGCAGAGACAAAUUUUAAUCACAUUAUUCUAAGUUGUCUUAAUGUUCUUUUAUUGUUCGUCUUAAUCUUGUUUUUGAUUUGCUGUCUCCUCACAAGUGAUUCCACUGGAAAUUUGGUAAACUCUGAGAUUAAUCAGAUGUGCUGUAAAAAUGCUGCUUAUGCUCAGUGUAUAAAACAAUCAAAUAAAUAAUGUUAAAAAUCAUGCAAGAUUCUGUCCCUGUUUUUGUAAGACAUUACAGCUCGCAUGUAGCUGUAGCUGAAAUAUGUAUCUCAGGUAUGUAGAUGCAUUUCCAUUACAAAUGUACAGUUUUGUGAAAUACACAAAUUUUCAUACAACUGAAAAAAAAAAACCUCAUCUGAGCGCAAAACCUUUAUAAAAAAACAUGAGUUUUUAUGAAACUGGCAUGAUUCCAUUAAAGCAUGUAAAAUAUACAUUUUAUAUAAAAUUCACUCUUUUAGCACUUAUUUUUUUGUGUGUGUUUUGUGUCUAAGUUCAAAAAGUUAAAAUGUAUUCUCUCCUGGUACUGCAUAUUGUUUUUUGGGAUGUAUUUUUCAGUCUUAAUUUUUCUCUGUUCACUGUAACAUUUUUCUUGUCUAUGACAUCACCACAUUUACUGUGGAACUGCUAAAUAAAGUCAUAUCUUCUGGCUAA